AGACAUCAACUUCUUUUCUUCCUAUGAUGAAUUGAUUGAAAAAGGGAAAAAGAAUCGAUGUAUCAUAUUGUCAUAUCCUCCGCAAGAAAAGAUCAACUACAAUUGUACACAAGGUAUGCAAGAAAAAGUGUACUUUGACUCUUGUAAUAAAACCGGAAGCUGGAAAAUAUUUGACUCCCAUAUAAAACGAAGCUGCGAAUCAAGGUAUAUCAAUAAUGACAAGAUGUAUAAAAACAUGUUCUGUAAAAUCUGCAACCCUCCUAUCUAUACAGAGAAUGUGAUUGGUCGAUGUAAUGUCACAGGUAUGUAUGAUGACUAUAAUCCAACACAGGAGAGAGCAUGUCUAAAUAAUGACGCCAACCAAGGUUCACUUCCGUACAAAAAUGUAUUUUGUUUAUCGUGCAAUAAACCAUCACAAUUCAAUUCCAAUUUUCUUGAUGUCAGCGCGGAAAUUAAGACAAAAAUUGAUGAUAUUAAAGAUACCGGAAGGACUACAACUUUUUAUUCUGACAUUAAUAUUUUUUCAAUGCACCCUGUCACGGAUCCAUCAACUGAUAUUCCGUAUCUGAAUAUGUAUUGUUUACUAUGCAAACAGUCUUCAUCAACGAAAGUAGCAAGACACAAACCAUGGGAUAUUAAAGCGAAUUGCUCUGUUUAUAUAGACAAAACAAAUUUUCUACUUUUUUCGGAUUUUCUAAAAGCAUUACGAGCUGCAGGCUGUGAUACAUACUAUCACCCUCCUCGUUCAGUGACUUCUUGUCAAAAUAGCAAAACUCUGGAGCAGCCAGUGAUGGUCAAUGUACGGAAGCACAGAACUUUUACUCAAUGA